CACCACCCCGCGCCGAUCGGCGCCUGCGCAGAGGCGAGGGUGGGCGCCGGCUAGCGCGGGCUGCCCGGCCGCGGCCAUGGGGGCGGCGGCGGCCGAGGCCGACCGGACCCUCUUCGUGGGGAACCUGGACCCCAAGGUCACCGAGGAGCUCAUCUUCGAGCUGUUCCACCAGGCAGGUCCGGUCAUUAAGGUUAAAAUCCCCAAGGACAGAGAUGGGAGACCCAAGCAGUUCGCGUUCGUGAAUUUCAAACACGAAGAAUCUGUCCCUUACGGAUUGAGCCUGCUUAACGGGAUCAAACUGUACGGAAGGCCCAUCAAAAUUCAGUUCCGAUCAGGGAGCAGUCACGCGUCUCAGGAUGGCAAUCCGUCCUGCUCCCCGCACGGAUCUGCCAACGCCAGCCCUCCCGGCGUGCCGCAGCCGGCGUCAAACUGCAGCAGAUACGACAGGAGCUCUGACAGUAUAGCAGCAGGAUUCUCCUCGGCGCAGAGGUCCCUGCCGCCUGCUGACCACCUCCAGAGACAAGCAGCGAUGUGGCAGCAGCCUGCGUUCAGCGGGAAGUACAAGCAGCCCGGCUUCGCCCUGCCUGGCUACCAGCCGGCUCCUCACGCCUUUCACCCCGUGCCGGCCUCCCAGAUGCCGCGGCGCGCAGAGGCGCCGGCGCCGCACAAGGCCCGGCUCAGCGCCCACCCCUACCACCCGGACGGCAGGCACUUUGGCCGCGAGCAGCGCUUCGGGGAGCGCGGGCCCGACUACUGCAGGGGCAAGAGGGAGGAGUACGGCUUUGAGGAGAGGGGGCACGAUGCCGGCCCCGAGCACCACUACAGGGGCAGCCGAGAGGAGCCUGCCUACGAGGACAGGCACCGGGACGGCUGGAGCCACGACUACGACUACCGGAGAGACAGCUACCGGGAGGCCAAGUGGCACCCCUCGCGGCAUUAACGCUGAGCCCAGCGGGAUUUUAAGAACUCAAUGGCAAAAAAAGCUCAAUCUAUUUCUUACUGAGUAUAUGUAUAAAAAAAACCCAAACCCCAACCCUUCAAAGUUACCUUUUAAUGUUUGUAAAAAUACCAGCAGCGUAGUCCUCCACA